CUGCGGUCAGAUUUCUUAGUAAUAGGAUGGGCUUAUCGUUAACGGCGUUAUUUGUUGUUUAUCAAAUUUCUGUUGACGCAAACCGGUGUAGAGGACCGCUUUCAGCAUACAUUGUUCAGUCAGGUGAAAAGAAAAAUUUCCGAAGUUGAUUGCCUACCGGCAAUUUGCCAGUUAGUUAGAUCAAUUUUAUGAUCUCCACAAAAACUGUCAUGGAAGGAAAAUGGUUGGCUACCUCAGCACUCCGUAAGUUAUUUUGGAUUACUAUUGUGGAAAUUGUAUUGGGGUUGAUUUGGAGCGCCUUCGAAGUGUGGAAUAUAAUACGUAAGAGACUCUCAGGUACAGGCGACCAGAUAAAUUUCGAAUAUAUGCUGUAUAAGACGGUGGAUGUAACCACGGCCGUAAUCCUACUCUGCACGGGUAUCACCGGACAGCACGCCAUUCGCCGGUCCCGCGCUGGGAUUCCACAAGCCACCGUGUUCUUAUGGGAAAUUUUACUAAACGUCAUUGUACUGACGCACUCCAGCAUUACGGUGUUCUUCCAAGUAGUUUGGCAGACCCGCAGAUUUCUGCGCCGUGACGAAUUUGUCUUGGAUGAACUUAUGUGGACUUAUAAUGUUGUUCCGAUCGUUCUCGGCUUGGUGAUCAUGGGCACCACGUACCGCGCCAUAAAGAUCUGCAAUCGCUGUUACAGGGUUGUUUGCGUAGAUAAAGCUUUCACCAUGGCCGACGAAGAGGAGGAAUUCGGAGAGGAACGGGGAAUGGACGAGGUGGCUGCUGAAGAGCGCCUUUCGCAGGCAGUUUCAUGCGGGCCACCACCGGCUUACGAAGACGUUAUAAACGGUUAGGACAUACCGUGCAGACGAAAUUUCAACUACCACCAGAACGAAAAGAAUAUCGACCGGUUUUCUGAGGAAUCCAAGGGAAGUCUUCGAGAAUAUCGAAAAUUUCUGCUGUAGCAAGACUGACUUAGUUUCGUUACCAAAUUACGGCCACAUUCCCUGUUGCUUUAGAAUUAUUUAUGAGUUCGACUAUUACUCGGCUUGUGAGGAAAUGCUAUGUAACUUGCCAUAUGUACAGACAUAUUUCACCCGAAGGAAGAAAUUCGGUACAAUACCUAAUGCCACAUUCCCACAUGAUAACAUCCUUGUAGUAAUCGUUUGGCUACAACCAGUUUUACUGCUUCCAUACAUAAUUUAAUGUCUGUACAUGUGCGAAAGGAACCGAAAAUCAAAUUUUCACGUGGUACAGUAUUAUAUCUGACCUGUUUUCUGUCCAUCAACCGCAACAAACCAAGUGUUCGAUUUAA